AGACUCUCGGAACAGGUUUCCCUCCCAUUCGAAUGCAUGCCGACCUGGAAGCGCCGCUUCUCCUCGAGAAAGAGGAUGAGCAAAGCAAAGUUACAGGGGUGCUCAAACGCUUCGGCCGUGCAGCGGCGGAGUACCUGGGCCCUCCCAUCAUCCGAUUCGCAAGUAGAGAUAGCUCCUUCUCGCAGCUCAGCAACCGCUUCCAGCUGCAGCGCGAGCCCUUUGGCCAGAGCUUCUCAAAGCUGCUGUCAGGUGCCCAGACCAACCUGGAGACAGUGGGCCCCUACGCUCGCUUGCACCUCAAGGUGCAUCGAGCCUCAAGGCUGUUGGCACUAGACUAUUGCGGGACCUCUGACCCGUACGUGGAGGUCUGGGUCAAUGACAUCAAGCAGGUCAAGAGCAAGCACGUGAACUUCACGCUGAACCCCACCUGGGACUUCUCGGAGAUCAUCGACAUCUGGUCUCCUUUCUCCAUCGUGACCCUGCGUGUUGUGGACUGGGACCGCGUCACGGAAGACGACCCCAUCGGCUUCGUGGACUUCUGCGUGGCGGACCUGGAGCCCAACGGCCCGGAGGUCAGGGGCUGGUUGGAGCUGCGGAAGAUGUCCAAGAUGCAGAAGAAUGCCCGGAAGCGCUUUCUGGAGCACAGGCGGUUGCGCGAUGACGACCUCUCAGAUGAGGACAACGAGAUCGACACAGAGGUGAUAAAGGACGAAGACCUCACCACCAGCAACGGCACCGCCACAGUGGGCACCACAUCAUCUUUGGCUGCCACCAAGUAUCGGAAGCUGGCGCGCAGCCUCACCGAGAGAAAGCUGAAACUCAAAUCUGCCAUGGGCUCUGCAUCGGAGACGGCCAAGCGGCGGCUCCAUGUGCCUUGCUGCGGAGCGGCCCCGAACGAGGAUUCCAAGCCAACGUCCCGGUUCUUCCGCAAGAAAGCGCUGAAUGCCGGGCAAGUGGAGGUCUCCUUGCGGCUGGAGCCCACCGUGGCAUCGCAAGAGGCCACUGCGCCGCUGCCGGAGCUGCUGUACACCGCGGUGGUGCAGCCGGAGAGGAUCCAUGAUGUCAUCAAGAAUGCGGAGUGGUAUGCGUGUUGCCUGCCAGAGCCGACUUUCGCGGAGGCUGAGACGUUCUUGUCACCAGCCUCCAUCAAACACUUUAUGGAAGAGAUCAUGGAGAUGACGGAGGUCUUCAACCAGGUCUUCUUGUGGCCGUAUUUGAACAUCCUGCUGCUCAUUGCGGGGUGGUAUUACUGGCCUUUGUCUGCAGCGGCCUUGCUGUUCUUCUGGAUUUGCGUUGCCUGGGCUGCCGACAUGGUGUUUACCUUGCCAUUGCUGCUGCUGGCGAUGAUCAUGCUCUUGCGGGACAGAAACUGGGCGAACCGCCUUUUGGCGCACCCCAGGGUUGUGCCCUUGAACCAGACAGGCUUUGAGAUGGUGGCCUUCCUCGGGAACUCCAAGGGUAUGGCCGUGUGGCUGAAGCGCCUGGUCAAGGACCGGGGAGGUUGGAUUGAGGGGGUCUCAGCAUUCAAGGAGUUCGCAAAGCAUCUCCACAAAGAUGGGGUGCCCGUUCAGAGUUUCGAGUCGCUGCUGGAGACGUUGCAGAGCCAGCCGUGGAUUGCAUGGCAUGGGAAGCAGAAGAAGUGCCACUGCGGCCUAACGCUCGAGUGCUGGGGCAGAGGUUCCAUCCGCUUGGACGAGGGCUGGUGCUGCUACGGCCAGCGCAGCAGAGGGCAGGACAUGGCGAAAAAUGGUCGAUUCUGCAGCCUAGGCCUGCAUUUGAGCACCGGCCACCACCUGGGCCGUCAAAGAUAUCACUGCACCAAAUGCGCACAGACCCGCAGGGUGGAUGAGACCGACGGCCCGGCGCCGGGGAACUACUGCGGCAAGUGCGCGCGGGGGAACCGGGGCAGCUACUUGGUCAGCCUUCUGGAUAGUUCCGCCAUGCGGCAGCUGCCCAUUUGGCGCAGCCUCUUCAUGAAGGCGGUCAAGGAGUGGCUGACGGACCACGAGCCGUUCCUCGACUUGGCGCGGGACCUGCUGAAGAGCGCAGUGCGGAUGCUGGACUGGAUCAGGGACUCUGAGGCACUUCACUCGAGCAUUUGCACCUGCUGCAUCGGGUUGAGCCUCACGCUCUACGCA